AUGUCGAAUGAUAAAACAACAACAACAACUCCACGCCUUAUUCCAUCAACUCGUUUUACUUUAGCUUUACUUGUUUCGUUUGCACUUUUUAUUCAAUAUGCACAACGAAUUAGUAUAUCAAUGAGUAUUGUUUGUAUGGUUGAUCGAAAUAAAUACAAUACUUUAUCGAAUUUAACAUCAUAUCCUGAUGAAACGGACGAUCAAACAUCAACAGUACCAACAAAAUAUGGAUCUCAACUUUUAAAAGAUAAAAAAUUUGCAUGGUCUGAACUUCAACAACAAAUUUUACUCGGAAGUUAUUGGUUUGGUUAUAUAUUUACUUUAGUACCAAGUGGUUGGCUGGCAAUUAAAUUCGGCCCUAAACUAGUGUUUGCUGCUAGCCUUCUAUUUAGUUCUAUUGCUGCCGUGGGAAUAUCCAGCAUAUAUUUUAUAAAUAAUUUCAACUUCUAUGUUGCUCUUUUCUUCCGAGUGAUCAUAGGUUUUGCUCAUGGACCAUUAUUUCCAACUACCUAUACGUUCUGGUCAGUAUGGGCUGUUCCAGCAGAAAAAAGUACAUUAACAUCAAUAGGUUUUUGUAGUGGUAGUCUUGGCAUAUCUGUCAUGAUGUUAACCGGUGGCCUUCUCUGUCGUUAUGUUAGUUCCGGAUGGGUUUAUAUAUUUCUUUUAUCUGCUCUUUUCGGUUUUAUAUGGCUUCCAUUAUGGUUAUGGUUAGUAGCUGAUUCACCACAGACUCAUCGAACAAUUAGUGAAAAUGAACGUAAUUAUAUAUGUGAAAAUCUUGGUCUUGUUGCUAAUGAUAAAAAAAAGAAGACUUUCUCAUUAUCUUCUUUACCAUGGAUGAAAUUUAUUAAAUCAAAACCUAUUAUUGCAUUACUUAUUACAGAAUGUUGUAAUUUAUUUGGUCUUUUCUUUGUCUAUACUAAUGUUGGUAAAAUAUUAACUGAAAUUCAUCGUGUUCCUCCACAAUAUGCGGGAUAUAUUUUAGCUGGCGGUUUUAUUCUUAUGCCAAUAAGUAGCCUUUCUGCUGGUGUAAUUGCUGAUUUUCUUGCUAAAACAAAUAAAAUGUCGUUGACUAAUAUUCGAAAAUUAUUUAAUUCAUUAACAUCUUUUAUUCCUGCUAUCUGUAUGGUUAUUCUUUGUUUUUGUGAUCAUACACGACAAAUUUUUGGCAUUAUAACUGUAAUUAUUCUUCUUAUUGCUUCGGCAUUGGCUUAUGGUUCUGGUUAUAUUGUUAAUUUCGGAGAUGUCAUACCUGCUUAUUCAUCGAUUAUUUUUGGUAUCAUAACUGCAAUUGCAACAUUUACUGCACUUUUUGCUAAUGUUAUAGCAGGUGUUGUUAUAAAAAGACCUGUACUUGAAGAUUGGCGAAAAAUUUUUAUACUUUUUUCAAUAGUAUAUUUUAUUGGUGGUUUAGCUUAUAUUGUACUUGGUUCAGCUGUACCACGAAAAUGGGCGACAUUGAAAAGUCAAGAGGAACAAAAAGUGAAUGAUAUAAUUAGUGAAGAAGAAACUGUUCUUAUGCGAGAAUUAGAAUUAGGUAAAAAAUAG